ACGAUGACAUCUCCAACGUUCACCUUCAUAUGGACAUGCUUGGUCCUGGUGGAAGCUGCUCAGACAGCUGCUCUGAAAUCAUCUUCAUCUGUUCAUUAUGAGAGACGAGAAACUGGAGAGAGUCUGACUUUACAAUGUGUCUUCAAAGAUACUGAAUCUCCAUGGGUUUACUGGCUUAAGCAAACUCUUGGAGGGGAACUGAGGCCGAUCUCUGCUUUCAACAAAUAUGGAACUAAUAACAGCAUGAACGAUGAGAUUAAGAAGAAUCCACGGUUUAAACUGGAUGCUAAAGAUGGUAAAAAUCACUUAACGAUCUCAGACUUGCAAGUGUCAGACUCAGCUACAUAUCACUGCAUAAGUUACCAGUUCACCAAGUUAGAAAUUCUGGCAACCAUCACAGUCAGUGUGAAGGGUUCAGGUGUGAGCGUCCCAGCUCUGGUCCAUCAGUCAGAGUCUGAAACCAUCCAGCCAGGAGGCUCUGUGACUCUGAACUGUACAGUCCACACUGGGACCUACUACUGCGCUGUGGUCUCAUGUGCACACAUACUGUUUGGAAACGACUUUGGAGAUGAGGUGAGCUCUGGUGUCUUGGUGUAUUCUCUGAGUGGAGCUUUGAUAUCUGCAGUUAUCCUGAUAGUUGUCCUGGCCUUCUUAUUGUACAAGAUGAACAAAAGAAUCUGCUUCUUAUCUCAAGAGAUACAAGCAAGAUUUUCAGCUCCCUCCACAACAAACAUGGAGAGUAACAGAGGAGGGGAUGACGUCUGUUAUGCCACUGUGAACGUUAACAUGCCCAACACAUCAAGAAGACAGAGAAACACAGCCAGAGAUGAAUGUGUGUAUUCCAGUGUGAGGCAGUAGAAGUCACCAUGGUUCAUCUUUUACUACGUCUGUUUUAAUUGAUGUUGACCAGAUUUUCUAGAGCUCAGUUCAGAUUAAAGAUUCACAUCCAGAUGAGAUGAAACUCAUGUCUGCUGUGAUGAUUUGUGGCUCUUUUAUAUCUUAAUUUGAAAUGUUAUUCCUCUGAAAACCUUAAAAAAGGGAAACUUUAAACUCAGAAAUUACUGAGUGCAAGUUACAUUAAUCAGUUUAUUUCCCACACCCCAGCAGCCGGCUUUAAUUGUCAAUCUUUACUUAAGUUUGUUUCGAUUGCCCUUAAUUGCAAUUAAUACCCUUUUUUUUAUUUUUUUUGCCACUUGUAAUCAGUC